AUUAGUGUUCUACGGUAAUAAUAAAAUUGGUGUUUAAUAUUUAUGUGGCAACUGGAAAUAGUACCUCAUUUCUUAUAAUAUUAUUUGGCAACUUAUCAUAUUGCCGUUUUAUCAAAUUUUUAAUUUUGGCUUUGAAGGCGGUGCUUAUUUUAGAUAAACAGAUUACAGAUUACAGAAUAAUUGCAUUAAUUUUCGUGUGCGUCGUCGUCGUGCUAGUGUGCGACACAAUAAUAACGAUAUCGGCUUUAAUUGUUAUAUUUGACAAGAGUCGAUUCGCUCGACUAUAGGUCGCGUUUUGCACUAUCGCAUUUAUAAUAGCUGUACGUUCACCAAAACAUGACGACUAACGAAUAAUGAUUAAUAGCGUCCAACGCGGAACAAUAUGAUGCAUUUCAUGUUACUAUUCAGUCGUCAAGGCAAGCUUCGGCUUCAAAAAUGGUAUGUAGCUCAUCCCGACAAGGUGAAAAAGAAAAUUACCAGAGAACUUAUAACCACAAUUUUAGCCAGGAAGCCUAAAAUGUGUAGUUUUCUUGAAUGGAAAGAAUUAAAAGUUGUUUAUAAAAGGUACGCUAGUCUGUAUUUUUGUUGUGCUAUUGAGCAGAAUGACAAUGAACUUCUUACUUUGGAAAUCAUUCACCGCUAUGUUGAAUUAUUAGACAAGUAUUUUGGCAGCGUCUGUGAGCUCGAUAUAAUAUUCAACUUCGAAAAGGCAUAUUUUAUACUGGAUGAGUUAUUAUUGGGUGGAAAUACAGGAGACUAGUAAGAAAAAUGUACUCAAGGCUAUUUCAGCUCAGGAUCUCUUGCAAGAGGAAGAAACACCUCAAACCUUUUUUGAAGACCAUGGCCUCGGUUAACAAAUAUUGAUUGAACACAUUCCAUAGACAUUCCAAACUAAUUAAUAAAUAAAUAUGACAAAAAAGAAACAAGUAUUAGACACAAUUUAUUGUACUUACGCCUUAUUAUUAUUAUCACUUUUUAUUAAAAUAUGUAUAUUGUAAUGUAUGUAUACAACACUAUAGGUGACAGUGCUACAUGUCCGUCCAAUUUUAUUACAAUUUAUUUUUUGUCCAUAGGCAAUAAAAAUAAAAAUUAAACUUUU